GUUAGCCAACUUUCACACUGACUGAGCUGGACGACGGGUGGAAAUGAGUUCAGCCGGAGCGGUUGACCCGUUGUGAGGGUUAAAGUUCUGCUUUUUUAUUUUAUUUAUUUUUAUUUGUUGAGGCGUUCAAAGCUCCUGGCGCUCGGUCAAAAUGAUGCGCUUCCUGCUGCUCUUCAGUCGCCAGGGGAAGCUGCGUCUGCAGAAGUGGUUCACGCCCAUGUCAGAGCGUGAGAAGAAGAAGGUCAUCAAGGACAUGACCACCAUGGUGUUGGCACGGCAACCUCGCUCCUGUAACUUCCUCCACUGGAAAGACCUGAAGAUUAUUUACAAGAGGUAUGCGAGCUUGUAUUUCUGCCUGGCCAUAGAGAACCAGGAGAAUGAGCUGCUAGCCCUGGAGGUCAUUCAUCGCUACGUGGAGCUGCUGGACAAAUACUUUGGCAAUGUGUGCGAGCUGGACAUAAUCUUUAACUUUGAGAAGGCCUAUUUUAUCCUGGAUGAGUUUCUAAUGGGAGGCGAGAUACAAGAAACCUCCAAACACAUGGUGAACCGCUCCAUCGAAGCCUCAGACAUGCUGCAGGAGGAUGACAACAGUGAUUGGUAUGAGGUGGAGCUGUUUGGAUGACCUUGAAUAUGGACAGAAAGACCAUGGAGGAGUAUAUGAGCAAACCUGCAUUUUAACCCAAGAGGGAAACGGGAGUUAAAGUAACAGCGGGAAGGAGUGCAUGAACCAAAUGUACUGAGUCACAGAUGUUUCUGAAUAUGAACAUGGGAGUUGCUCUGAUUCUGUCGAACAUUUUCAAAAGAAGAAACGGUCAUGUUGACGUCCGCUCGCCUUGUGCCUGAAGCGCUGCUGCAGUGUGCCUUCAUUUGAGAGUAAGUCUACAUGUUUGUUCAUAGUCGUGUGUUCAACUGAAGGAGGAGGGGAGGGUUGUUUUUGUAUGGGUUGCUGUUAUGAAAUUCCAAUGAAGUAAUAAUCGAGGAUCGGGGUAAUGAAAUUAUAACCGUGAAGUGAUUUUAGAUUUCUACGUUUGUUGCAUUUAUAUUUAAAUCAUGCAUUAAUAUAUUGGGAGUGAAUGGUUUGAUUCUGACAACACUACAGAUUGGAAAAAAUGUGAUCGUCUGCAACUCCGGACAAUAUUUAAAAAACAAAAAACUGCAGCCUCAAAAACAUAUUUAUAAUUAAAGGUCUUGAGAUGGUUUGUAAUUCCAACAGGAGCCAAUUAAUUUUGAAUGAGCCUCUCUUUUUGUGUCUCACGUGUGUGGGAGCAGUCUCUAGUGUGGGUAUGAACAUAACUGCUUUUUUAAACGUGCAAUUUACGAUGUUUGAGUUUCUGAUUAAAACGUGUAUUUUGAUA